CUGUCAGUGCAGCGCCGCAACUAUCAAUGACCGAACAUCUGCCCAAACACUCUAAUACUUAAAAUCUGACAGGCAAAUGAGAAAAAAGAAAUCAGACUAGUCUUUUAGAAUAAUAUAUACGGUUAACAACAUUUCCUUGGCUGUUAGCAUACGUAAUUUUCUUUGACGCGCGUCGGUCUGUCUCGGACUACAGCACCUGAGUAAAGUUAUGAAAUCCCAUAGCUUUUGAGCUUAAAGCUGCGAUCUCUCUCAUCUGUUGUGUACAUUUGACUAUAAUUUUUCUAGUUGUUUUAUAUUUAGUAGUUUUUCAAUAUAUUAAGAAGYAUUCAACUUUUAUUUUCCUUUCAAUGUUGUCCGGAAUCAAUUGACAAAACACGUUGAUGUCCAAAGAACACUAUAUAAACAUCAGAAAGUUCGCCGUCUCAUUUUUUUUUCUAACUUCUGUUAAGCGAUAAUCGAGCCCGGUGAUUAAAKAACCUUKAAAAUCUAUAAUUGCUGUGACGUGSAAAUUCUAAAGCCACAGAGAAAUCAUUGUUUAACGCAGAGAUAACUGUUUAAUUGUCAGAUAUGGAGAACAAUAGACMCYGCUCGAUUGCUCGGUAAACUGUGAAUGAUUUCCCAUUGUGGGGGCGUUCUCUUUCCGUUUAGACAAUGUCCCGAUCCAUGUGUUUUCUUAUUAGAUUAACUCGAUGGCGGUGCGCAAAUAUUUGAACACAAAAAUGUACGACUAGAAUUGCUUUAUUCAGAUCAGAUUUGAAUUAGACAUGAAGGAGUUUUAGGAUCGAGCUAUAUCCACACGGUACACUUUGUUGUUGUAUCAGUGGGAUCAAAGUCGAUUUAUUCGGUGAUGGUGGUCAAGAGAAGACUUGCUCAAGCCCAACAUCACGCCCCGCCGCUAGCACUCUUGAUUUGUCAUCUCGUUUUACUAAUCAGCGCUCAUCGYACUUGCUGAUUGGCUGGCCAGUGACCUGUGUGACUCCGUGUCAGUCUAUUCCUGUUGUACUCACGUUGGAGCCCACUUGAAGCGAGCCGUGUUCAACAGUGUUGACUCUAGCGUCGAACAAUGCAGUCUUCACAGAACAGUGUAGGAGUUUUUAGAGUAUUCAAGCCAACAAUUCUGUUUCAAGCGCCUCCSCUACCGUCAAUACAACAGCUUUUACUGAAGAAUGAGUUUACUGGAAGUCACGGAGGUUUGUGGAAUCAGAGUUUGGGACCUCUGAGUUACACAGUAGCACCACCUCCUUCGACCAACCAUGUGCCUUCGCGUCUGCGCUCAGAAAGUCCAUAUGCGCCUUUAUUCGGUCACCAUACUACGAAUUACGCCCCACCUGUGCAGUUAAGUCCAUACCAAACGAAUUCCAGCGCACAGAUUGAAAGGGAAARCAAUGAUAAACAUAGCACAAGUAAAAUCGACGCAGCAACAACAACAGGACCGUCUAUUAACUGUAAAUCUCGUAAGAAGAAGUACCCUUGUCCUUUGUGUGAAGUGCGGUGUAGUAACAAUGGACAACUACAAGGACACUUGCGCAUUCAUACGGGUGAAAAACCAUUYCAAUGCAAUCACGAAGGCUGCGAUAGACGAUUUGCGCGAAAUGAAGAAUUGACGAGACACAAACGAAUCCAUACCGGAUUUCGUCCGCAUAAAUGUGAAACUUGCCAAAAGGCAUUUGGACGCAAAGAUCAUUUAAACAAGCAUCAAAAAACGCAUCUUCAAGACGCGGAAAAGAAGGUUUUUAUAUGUGCUUUCAGGGGGUGUAAGCAGAGAUAUAGUCGUUCGGACGCGUUAACUAGRCAUCAAUGUUCUGCYCAUUCGAUACCCAAGCCGGCGUCUUGUCGAUCUAGAUGUGUUGCUGUUAAGACAGAAAAGAAAGACCGCUGAAUACAGCGAGUAGGGUUCAGUGUUAUGSCUGUACGCUUGUUUUGUCGUGUAAUUCAGCAGGUCACACGCACGAAUGGGGCGUGAGAUGUUUGUACUAUUACGCCAAAUAGUCUUUAAGCUUCUGAACUAUUUUUAUAACUCGAUGACCUUAAUUUUUUGUAACAAGCAAAUCACUAGUUGGUCACUUUGGCCGACGAUGAAUGAACAACCGAAUGAGACCAUCGUGCCAAGAGGUAUGCACCGUUCAUCAUCGAGAUAGCURAACAAUGAUUCACGAAGGACACUCUGUUGUAAAAAGGAAAUCCGUUUCGAAAACCAUUGACAAAACACUCGAAGAUGUAUCACAGGAACUCAACCACGUGAAAUCAGAUCGGAUUCAAACAAUUUCUGUUCCGUCUCGCAGUUGUUGACAAUUUUGAAAAUUGCUCGGGGCGCUCACGUAAUGGCUAAUUUUUACAUUUACUGAACAAUGUUGUGAAUUGUCAAGCAAUCAUAGGUAAUUAAAACACAUUUUCAAGUCAAUAGCCAUGUUGACAUUACUAAAGCUAAUACAGUGGCAGUGUCGAGGCAAAUCCUGGUGGAUUUUACCAAUUGGCGGAAAGAUUCAGGAAAUACUGCUGAAAGGGAUUCCWUGUCUUCCUAAAAGAUUAUCAAAGCAUAUUACGAUCACUUCAAUACAUUACGCGAGGGAAAAUCUCGCACRUUAUGACUGCUCUGACUAUGUCAACAUUUGACUUACUCUUUAGGACACGACUGUAACUAAUGGCUUUCAGCGCAUAGUCACGUGACUAUGUUGGCGUUUAGGAAUGAGAGAGAAUGUCAAAAUA